CCCUAACCCCUAACCCAGUCCGUCGCGUCCCAGAUCCCAGCCAAAGCCCCAGCACAAAUCGCGUCCUCCCUCUACAUAACUAGGCGCGUCAACCUCACCCCUCGCACACAAUGGACGUUGCCGCAGCAGCUCACUCGACCUCCUCGGAGCGCGCACGGAGCGCCGAAACGCCGCCGCCAUUCUCGCGCCCAGAGUACGCGCUCAAGAGCACGCUCAAGGGCCACACGCUGGGCGUGUCCUCGGUCAAGUUCAGUCCCGACGGGAAGUGGCUCGCUAGCUGUUCCGCGGAUAUGACGAUUAAGGUUUGGCAUGCGAGAACGGGCGAACAUGAACAUACACUCGAAGGACACAUCGCUGGCGUCUCGGAUGUCGAUUGGGCUCCCGAUAGUCUGACGCUCGUCAGUGGCAGCGAUGAUAAGACCGUGAGGAUUUGGGAUGCGCUUUCGGGGAAAAUGUGGAAGAUCCUCAAAGGGCACCACAACGCCGUGUACACGGUAGCAUACAGCCCGCGGGGGACGAUUAUUGCGUCGGGCUCCUACGACGAAGCGGUGCGGCUGUGGGAUGUGCGCUCGGGGAACUGCAUGAAGACCUUACCUGCGCACAGUGAUCCUGUGUCGGGAGUGGGGUUCAACCGCGACGGGACCAUGAUCGUGAGCUGCUCGCAUGAUGGAUUGAUCAGGAUUUGGGAUGUCACCACCGGACAGUGUCUCAGGACCCUGGUCGAGGAGGAUAAUAAGCCGGUUACCGCGGUGAGGUUCAGUCCGAACGGGAAGUUCCUCCUGGCUGGCACGCUGGAUUCCUGUGUUAGGCUGUGGGAUUACCACAGGGGGAAGUGCCUGAAAACCUACAUGGGACAUCAGAAUGAGAAGUAUAGUAUCUUUUCGGCGUUUGCGAUCACGAAAGGGAAUUUGGUGAUUGCAGGAAGCGAGGAUUCAGAUGUGUACGUGUGGGACGUACAGAGUAAAGCGGUGGUGCAGAUUCUGGUCGGACAUGAGGAUGUAGUGUUGGGGAUUGCGACGCAUCCGACGGAGAACAUUGUCGCGAGCUGCGGAUUGGACAUGACCAUCAAGAUCUGGGUGGACGAGAGCUGAGCAAUGAAUGGGAUGGGUGUAGUUAUUGGUGGAAGGGAUUUGUACGAUAUCCCGAUUACAGUCGUGGCCGGCGUUAGGCGUUGCAUUACAGUGGUCAAUUCAUCAU